CUUAUAUUAGGGCCUCCAUAGAUGGCUAAUCCCCUGCCGCCGUCGUGCAACCGUGAACUACCAACGAACUCUGUCUACACCGUCGUAUUCUGAGCAUCGCCGACGAAAAAUUCACCGGAGGACGAACAAUUCGAAAUCAGUAACUUUUUGCAUCAGAAAUCUUAGAUAGAAUGGAAGUGAUGAUGUCAUCUUCUGUUCAGGAGUGUUCAUUAAUGGAAAAUGAUAAUGGUAAUGGUGAUCUUAAUCUUAAUAAAUCAAAGAGAAAGCGAAGGCGAAAAGCGCACAAGAGACAGUCGGAUGAAAAUCUAGGGUCGUUAGAAAAAACGGAUCCGAAUAUUAGCAUAGGUAUAUCCACAAGCGUUGAUAAGAUGUCAGCGGAAAAGAGCACAAGUAUGGCUAAAGAUCUUAAUGGGGAGGUGGAAGUACAAAUGAAAAUGGAAGCUGUGAUCGGUGAAACGAGUGCAGCUUCAAAUGUAAUAGAUAAUACAACAUCAAAAAGAAGAAAGAGAAAGAAAAUGGAGAAUAAUAAUCCAGAUUUGGGUGAUAGUUUAAGUACCCGUGAGAGCGCACAAGCAGGAUCAAGUAUGACUAAAGUUCUUGGAGAAAAGUGUGAUGAAACAGUGUUGGGUCAAACUACGACUCUUGAUGAACACAUGGGGUCAAAAGAACAAGAUCACGCAGAAGUUGCUAAUGGUAAGACGGGGGAGAGUGAAACCACCGAUCUUAAUGUGAAUGGCAAGGAAAAAAGGAAAAAGAAGCGGAAAUUAAAGAACAAGCAACCAACUUUAGCUGAAAUUUCGUAUCCACAGUACGUACGAGGCCUGGAAGCUUCCAAACGUGCGAGGGAUUCAGGUACAAUUUCAACAAAUAAUUCAGCAUCAAAAAGAGAAACGAUGCAGAAACUAAACAAGAAUCCAGACUUGGGUGACAUUCUAAGUACCCAUGAGAGCACACAGGAAGGAUUAAGUACAGCUAAAGUUCUUGAACUAAAGAGUGGUGAAACGGUCUCGGCUAAAGCUGCAGCUCCUGAUGCAAACUUGAUGUCAAAAGGAGAUCAUACAGAAGAUGCCAAUGGCAAGACGGGUGAGAGUGAAACUACAAAUCUCAACGUAAAUGGCAAGGGGAAAAAGAAAAGGAAGGCGAAAUCAGAGAUCACGCGGCCAACUUUAGCUGAAAUAUCGAAUCCGCAAUACUUACAAAACUUGGAAGCUGCCAGAGGCGAGACGGAUUCAGGUACGACUUCAAUAGGCAAUUCAGCAAUACAACAGAGAACAAGAGAGAAGAUGAUGAACAAUAAUCCAGACUUGGGUGACAUGUUAAGUACUCGUGAGAGCAUGCAUGAAGGAUUAAGUACAACUAAAGUUUUUGAAGUAAAGAGUGGUGAAACAGUCUUGGCUAAUACUGCAACUCUUGAUGCAAACAUUGUGUCAAAUGGAGAUCAUGCAGACGUUUCUGGUAAGGCCGGGGAGAGUGAAACCGCAAAUCUUAAUGUGAAUGGUAAGGAGAAAAAGAAAAGGAAGCCGAAAUCAAAGAACAAGAGGCCAACUUUGGGUGAAAUUUUGAAUCCGCGAUACCUACAGAACUUGGAAGCUGCCAAGACGGGUUCAGGUACAACUUCAACAGAUAAUCGAGCCUCAAAAAAACACAAGAGGCAGAGACUAAACGGGAAUUCAGACGUGGGUGACAUUUUAAGUACCCAUGAGAGCACACAUGAAGGGCUAAGUACAACUAAAGGAGAUCAUCUAGAAGUUGUUAAUGAUAAGAUGCAGGUAAAUGAAACAAAUAAUCUUAAUGUUAAAGGUAAGAAGAAAAAGAAAAAGAAGCCAAAAUCAAAGAACAAUGAGACGGGUUUAGAGAGUACAGAUAUAGAAAGCGUAGCAUCCCCGCAGGUUGCCAACAGUGAGAUGGGCUCCACAACCAUUGUUCUCAAGGAGAUAACUCAUGUUGCAACAUUGGGGAAAAAGCUUAUUAUUCUCGAUGUUAACGGGUUGCUUGCAGAUGUUCUUACAGAACGACCAAAGGAUAUUGUAGCAGAUAAAUAUAUUCCAAGACGAGCAAUUUUCAAGAGACCGUAUUUAGAUGAUUUUUUGUGCUUUUGUUUUGAGAGAUUCGAAGUUGGCAUUUGGUCUUCAAGAGCCAUGAAAAAUUUGGUCCCGGUGAUUAACUUUCUGUUGGGAGAUUUGAAGAAGAAACUGCUUUUUUUGUGGGAUAGUUGCAAAUGCACAGAUUCAGGUAUUGGAACUCUUGAAGUCAAACAUAAGCAUGUAGUCGUAAAAGAUCUAAGAAAAAUUUGGGAUGAAGAUGGUCCUAAAAAGUCUUGGGUGAAAGGAACGUUUCAUGAAUCAAAUACGUUGUUGGUGGACGAUUCUCCAUACAAGGCAUUGCUCAAUCCUAAGCAUACGGGAAUCUUUCCCACGUCUUACAGCUACAAGAAUAGAGAUGAUAACUUCUUAGCUCCUAAAGGCGAACUCCAAACCUAUCUUGAAGGUUUGGCAGGCGCAGACGAUGUGAAGACGUAUGUAGAGCAACAUCCAUUUGGUCAAGGUGCCAUUGAUGAACACAGCCCACAUUGGGCCUUUUACUCGAGCAUUAUCGAGCGAUUAAAUAAUAAAAACAUUAUGGAGAGUUUAUAUAAGAAGAGCCACGACAAAAGAAGAAGAUGCCACAAAGAUUUUUACCAUCCCUCAUAAAAUGAACUUGGUCAUGCGCCAUGGUUUGUGCUAUGGAACUUGAACACCCAAUUUUGUUGUAGUGAACCAUUCUUUACUUAUGUAAACAUUUUGACUUGUGAAAUUUCAUAAGUUUAAUAUUUGAGAUUUUUUAGGUCUCUCUUGUUUUAGAGAUCUAGGUUUUAGGGUUCUUGAUUUGUGAACUUUAUGAAGUUUUUUUGUUUGUGUU